AUCAAAAAAAUUAGAAGAGAAGCACAUGUGUUAAAAAAAUUACCGAAAUGGGGAAGUUUAGAAGUAAAUUGAAAGGGCAGACAAAGGGGAAGCGAUGGCCUAAAGGACAAAGUUCCAGUUCAAAUCCUGAAACCCGUAAACAUAGAGAUUUGGCGAAGUCUAGAUUUUUUCAGGAAAACUUAGGACCUAGUGAAUUAACAUCAGAUGCUUUACGAAAACAUGACUCCAUACAAACUUAUGUGCAACCCAGAACAGAAACUGUUGAAAUGGAAGAAGAUAUUGAAUCUUCUGUUGGACCACAAUCUUCAUAUCAAUCUAUGCAGUCUUUUGCAUCGGAAUGGUCAGAUUGUAGUAAUAUUUCUUUUAGUAGAUUCUUAAAGGUUUUUCGCUCUGACUCGGUGUUACAUAAAGAAAUGUUAGCAAUUUUAGCAGCAAUUACAGAAGUUAUUAAACAAAAUGAUGGAUCUGAAUCUCCUACUGAAUAUUAUUGUGCUUUGGUCACAACAUUAGAGCAAGUGUAUAAUGCUGAUGAAAAAAAUGAAGACCAAAUAACAGCAGUUUUGUCUCUUUUAAAUAUGGGCAUUAAAACUGUACCUACACCUGUGUUAAGGUCCCAUUUUAAUGAUGUAACAAGGAAAAUGUUACACAUUUUAAGUGAUUUUGCGAAUUCUGAGAACAACACAAUUAUUAAAUCUGUAUUUGGCAUUUUAUCAGUUUUAUUAAAGACUCAAGAAUUAGCUAUGUGGAAUCAUACUUCAACUGUUCAAAUAUUUACUUCAAUUUUAAACCCAUUCUGUGUGCAUUCAAAACCAAAGUGGAGAAAAGCUGCACAACAAGCUGUUGCUGUCGUUAUCAACGCAGAUUGUUUUGCACAAGAAAAUGCUUCUAAUCCCGCAGCAGAUAAAGUUGCUGAGUUUUGUGAGGAAACUUUGGAUAGAAGUAAGGGAGGAAGUUCGGGCAUUGUACUUAUUUCGUCAGUUCAAGCAGGUCAAACAACUAUUUUACAUACACUUGGGUUGAUGCAGGAAACAAUUUGCAGAUUUUCUAAAAAUCAUAUCAAGAAAUGUUGUGAAAGUAUUUUACGUUUAAUGACACUAAAUUACCCUAUAGUGACAUCUUGUGGGUUGCAAGUACUAUUUACAUUAUUUUCUUCACAAGUUGCAGUAGUGCCUGCAAAAUUAAACGCUCAGUUAAUAUCUGCUUUGUAUGAAUACCAACCAUCUCCAAGUGAUGUACAACCUACUCUAGCUUGGGUAGCAGUUAUGCAACAAGCACAUGUACAUUUGGCCGAUGUUGAUAUUGCUAUGGCAUGUACAAUUUUUCCCAAGAUUUUUGAUAUCCUCACACAGUUGUGGUUGUCAGAGAAAUCAGAAGUUGUAAAUAGUGCAACACAUGCAAUGGAUGUCUUAUUGAAAGAUGCAUUAGCUACAGCAUGCAGUUCUCCUGGUACUGUUGAGCAGAAUAGAUCAAAGUUAGAAAAAUGUUUCAAUACAAUCCAAUUGGGAUUAGGGUACCAAUACAGCACAGUUUGGCAACAGGUUCUACAUAUAGUCAAAGUUAUGUUUGAGAUUGCCGGUUUAAACUGUAGUGAUAUGUUGCUGGGUUUAUUGAAGUCUCUUGCGGAACUUAGGGAUUCUUACAAGUUUAGUUACAACAACGAAUUGGAACAUGCUAUAGGAGCUGCAAUCCGGUCAAUGGGUCCUGAGAUUGUGUUAAAUGUUGUUUCACUAAAGAAAGACAAUGGAGACUUGAAUAUAGAUAGAUCUUGGCUCUUACCUGUACUAAAAGAAAAUAUAAAAAUAUCUACAUUGGAGUAUUUCGUUAAAGGGAUAUUGCCAUUAGCGCUUUACUGUCAUCGGAGAUCUGUUCAGUUGGCCGAAUCGAAUGAUGGUAUUGGGGCCCACAGUUCAGAGUUAUUAUAUUUGCAGUUAUGGAAUUUAUUGCCAUGUUUCUGUAAUCAUCCCACCGAUAUCAAGAACAGCUUUAAGACAAUUGCUAAAAUACUGGGAACAGCUAUAUCGGAUAAGAAAGAAUUACGAUUGGCAGUCAUGGCAUCUUUGCGGAGAUUGAUCGCAAGUGCCAAGGAGAAUGAAAAUGUGGAUGAUCUACAAGAGUUAACUAGGUUCGAUAAAAAUUAUCUUCCAAUUUUAUUCAACGUUUACACUACAAAACCAAUUGGUACCGAUGAAGAAGGUCAGAGACUGGCUGCUUUAGACACUAUUAAACUGUAUCUAACAAUUGCAAAACCAGAAUUAAAUCAACAACUCUUCAGUCACGCUAUCGAUAGAUUAAAUAGUUCCUCCGAUGAUCCGGAAGACCAUUUUAUAAAGGAGAGUAUACUAGACUUGAUCCGUGCGUUGGUACCUUAUCAGAGCAGCGAAAAUGUUGAUAUUCUUUACAAGCAGUGCGUUCAUAAUUUACCAGACAUUAAAAACAAUAAAGAACAGAAGAAGGCUUAUAGAAUUCUUGAAGAAAUCUGUGCGAGUGAGUCGCAAGGCUGUAAGGAAUUUGUUAAAAACAACAGAAAAGAAAUUCAAAAGUUGUUAAUGAAGUCUCUCAAUACAGCGGCAGUGUCGAGUAAAAGUGCUCGGCUGCGAUGCUUAAAUUAUUUGAUUAAAGCACAGCCAAACUUAGAUCAUGAGAGUAAAUUGAUUAGGUCAGUGAUACCUGAGGCUGUUAUGUGUUGUAAAGACAUUAACGAAAAAUGUCGAUCAAUGGCGUAUGAAGUUCUCAAUACAAUUGGCAAUCUAUUAAUGCAGCACAAUCAGGUGCAGGAAUUUGUUACUAUGGUUGUAGCAGGGCUAGCUGGAACAGCCCAACUAACGAGCUGCACAAUUUUAGCUUUAGGGUCGAUUCUACAUAAUUUUUCUGGAGCUCUGGGAAUGGAAAAUAUUAAAAUAAUUUUAGAAAACAUUUGUAUUUUAAUGGCUUCACCCACCAGAGAAGUAGUAGCGUCUUGUUUAAGUUUCAUAAAGACAUAUUGUGUUGUGCUACCAAGUCCAGUAGUAGCAGGAUCUUUGGAGCCUAUUGUAAAGUCAUUAACAAAGAUGACUGAAGACUGUAAAAGGCAUUUUAGGUUGAAAAUUCGUGAUAUUUUGGACAGGUUAGUUAGGAAGUAUGGGUGUGAAAGUUUGACUCCAUUCGUUCCUACGAGUGACACUGUAAUGUAUAAGCGUUUAAGGAACCUAAGAAAGUUAAAUGCACGUAAAAAGAAGAGGAAAGAAGCAGAAAUGCAGGAAGAAGAUAGUGACGAUGAAGACUUUACUAUCAAGGCCAAACCUAAAAGUAUGGAAGAAAUUCUGGCGGAUUCAGAUUCUGAUGUUGAUGAGAUGGAAAUCGAUGAACCUAAAGUUAAGACAAAGAAACAAGUCAAUACAUGGAUUGAGGAAGAUUCAGAGAGCAUUGUUGAUUUUACAGACCCAACUGUGACUAAAAAAAUUACAGCUACCAAACCAGGGCAGCCUCCUCAACUCUCGGGAGAGGCGAAGAAGAAAGAAAAAGACAGAGGUUUUAAAACUGCUUCUGAUGGAAGACUCAUCAUUAAAGAUGAUGAUGAAUCUACUGACAGCGACUCUGGCAAGAAGAAUAAAUUAAAUUUCAAUUCAGACGAUUCAGAUUCUGAAAAUGACAAUCACAGUACAGCCGAAACAUUACUGUUGACCGAUCGUAAAAGAAAAAGGAAUGCUUCUAGUGUUAAGAGUGGUUUCAGUUCUGCAAGUCAACCUCCAAUGAAAUAUAAAACUGGCGGAAUUGGUAUUCACAGGCAAAUUGGUGCAUCUACAUCUUCAGUACGAAGUGGUUACAGUGGUGCAGGAUUUGAGUAUAAAUCUAAGAAAGCUAAAGGUGAUAUUAAGAAAAAAGGUAAAUUUGACCCAUAUGCUUAUUUACCUUUACAAAGGACUGCACUUAAUAAAAGGAAGAAGAGUAAAGCAGCCGGACAAUUUAAAAACAUUAUUAGAGCUGCCAAGUCAGGGGCGUUAAAAGGCGCUAAAGCGAAAAAGAAUAAAUUGAAAUAAACACUUUUUUAAUGUUUUAUUUAUUAUGAUUAAAAUAAUAUAUUACCA